AUGUAUACAACGCGCACAUAUAAGAGCGCGAACGGCCUCGAUGACGACCGUUUUGACCGAUCAAUCGACUCAUGCCCCGGUGCGAACCGCAGCGCGCCCAUCGCCAUGCGUUUCAGCCCGGAUGAGCUCUCCGCUCCUCAUAUCCUCAGCACACGCGAUACAACCUACUACGGCUUAUUCGGCAAUGUGACGCAGGACGAGGCCGAUUCUGUCAACAACCUGAUGGGUCCCAUAGUGACGAUCGGAUACCAAUGCGUGGUGAUGUCUAUACUAUUCGCGUUCUUAUCUCUGGCAUUCACCACGACCGUGCGGUACUUGCUACGAGAUGGCCUGCGUCGCCGAUCCAACAAAUGGAUGUUGGUUGCGUUGACUGUCAUGUACAGUGCAGCGGCUAUCUCCUACGCUUUUGAACUUAUCUCUUGGCGCCAAUAUGUUCGGGAAACGACCUACACUCUCACGGGGCUCUAUGGCACGUCCGAUGACACGCUUGAGACAGUUGCAGAUGCCGGAGUGUAUAUACUACAGGACAUCAAUAUUCUCUGUGGAGAUCUCAUUAUCCUCUGGAGAACGUCCGUCGUAUGGCACAAUAGCCGGCUCAUCCGGAGAAUCAACAUUUUGGUUCUUGUCCUGAUGAUAUUGGGCUGGAUAGCCAGCAUAGCCCUUCUUGUCCUGGUGGGCCUAGAGUUCUUGGUCCUUCCCUUGGCCUUGUCUCUGGCCGUCAAUCUAUGGAGCACCGCCAUCAUUGGAUACAAGACAUGGCAUCGGCGCCGCCUACUACACCGCCAAAUCGUCAUGGCUGGACGUCCUUCUGCCGCUAUCGAAGGCGCACUGGCUGUGCUCACCGAGUCUGGUGUGGUGUAUCUCGCGUUAUGGAUUAUCUACGUGUCUAUCGUGUCAUCUUUUUUCUUCGGGCCCGUGACCUACGUGCAGGCCACCCUAGAUCGCAGCUUCCAAUGGACGGUGAUCGUCAUGAGCAUGCUUAUACCGCUCUACCCUACGCUCCUGAUUCUACUCAUCGCUCGGCACAAGACACCUCUCUCCGAAACGCUCACGUCGAUCGAUGUCGACGUAGGUUUGAGUCUACCGACGCGCACCGACUCGCCGAGUAACAUUUCCGAUCAUGUUGAACUCCAACCCACACGAGAUAGUACUGGGAAGAUUGGCAAUGAGCUAUACGAUCCCUACGCUGAUAUCACGGCCACCAGUCCCGUGCGCUUGGCGCCCAACAGGAGGCCAUGA